GUGGACAAAGGGCUGGAGCCGAUAUCUGGAACGGAUGGUGAGAUGACCACUAAAGGACUCGAGGAUUUGGAUGCUCGCUGUGCUAAAUAUAAAAAGGAUGGUGCACAAUUUGCAAAAUGGCGUUGUGUCCACAAACUUAGUGCUACAACACCGAGUGUUAAAGCAUUAGAGGAAGUUGCGAAGGUUAUUAUCGCCUAUUGCAUAUCUUGA